CGGCGGUUUGACAGGUCAGCUUCGAGCACCCUUUUUUUAGCUUUCCGAGUAGCGUAUUUUCAUUAUAAUUUACAUCGUAUCUUUAUUUACGCGUUAAAAAUAAUAUUUACGUAGACCUUACAGUAGCAUACAUUAAGUAUUAGUUCGUAUCUAAGUGCACUUACAGUGUUACAUAAACAGUAGAGUCCGUAUCGGCAGUUUCUAUGCAUAUAAGUUAUACGAUACGUCAGUUGAUGAAUGUUGGCUGAUAGAUAAUGGAUGUGGAUACUCCGAACAUAUUAAAAAGAUCCAGUAGUGCACCGCUUAUCAAUGAGGCGGCGCCUACGGCGGCUACGUCGCCUACGACCAGCACUGCGCCCAGGAGUACAUCCUUCUUCAGCAUGUUCACAAAUAGCAGUUUGCCGCGAACUCGUAGCAACAGCAUCAGCUGCAGCCCACUCUCCGCGGCUGUCAACAUCCCCUCCAACCUGCAGAGCUCAUGCAACCGCAGGCUGACUCCGCGAGUGAACCAACUCAGGGCAGAGGAGUGCGCGGAUGUGAGCAAUACGCGGGAGGUCGCGCACGAGAGGGAAGUCCACACCGCCAUGCAGAUGGGGCAGUCUUACGAGGACCUGACGCUCGUGGGCGGGCUGGCCAACUCGCCCACCAGGGUGCCUAGAUUUUCACCAGUCGUGUCGCCAUCACCAACACGGACCCAACCCAAAUUCACAACACGACGAAGUUUAUCCCCAACAAUCGCGCUCCGAGCAUCAAGUUUCAGCCCCGUAAGCCGACCCAACGUACUGGUAGGCAAGCGACGGUGCGACGACUCUGAAAACUCAGUGUCAAAGCGAAUGUGCACCUCAGACAGGCUCACUCCCUCUACCCCAGGCACACCAGACUCGGACUCACUUGAGUGCACGUUCAGGCCUGUCUCGCCUCGAUCCAUCCCCAUGAAUGAGUCACCUAAUGAGUCCCAAGAGAUACACGAAAACCACAAGUCACCCAACCCAAGCUAAUAGAUUGUAAUGCUCGAGGAUUGGUCAUAAUCUUGUAAAGGUGUCUGUGAUGGUGUGACAGAGAAUACGACAAAGUGACAAAAGACAGUCAAGAAAAAGAGUCACUUUAGUUUUCUUGUGUGAAGUCAUUAGCCAACUGGUAAUUUGGCUAUAAGUCAAGAUUUAAGAAAAGUCAUUUGCCUGUUUUUCAAGCCAAGAAAAAGAGAUUGUAAUUAUGAUUUUUCCUUCUAGUGUCACUGUCAAAUAGUAUAAGAAACCUCACUCUCAAAUUAAAUGCGCACAUUGAUUAGAGUCACACAUGAAUGCCUGGAAUGUCAAGACUCAAUCUGGAAUCCAGAGUCACACUUUCAACACCUGGAAUGUGACACAGACUGGAGUUAGAGUCACACUUUCAACACCUGGAAUGUGACAUAGACUGGAAUCAGAGUCACUCUUUCAACACCUGGAAUGUGACAUGGACUGGAGUCAGAGUCACUCUUUCAACACAUGGAAUAUGACAUAGACUGGAGUCAGAGUCACGCUCAACACCUGGAAGGUUUCGACAGUUGGAAUAUUUGGCAGAGACAAGUCAUUGUCACACUAUCAACACCUGGGAUGCCCGACUCAGAUUGUAAUCAAUUCAAAACUGUGGUACCAUAUUGUGGUAUAGUGAUUUGUGUACUGUGAAUAAACUAAAGAUCUAUUUAUAUUGUAUUAUAAAUGAAGGGGUUGUAUAUAAAGUGUGAUUGCAAUUGAGGUU